AUGGAGGAAGUCAGAAGGUUCCGAUUCACUUUGGAUGAGGCAAAGUCGGAGAGAGGUGUGGUGAAACUGAUAGGUCGCGCCAGUGACGUGAAUCCCGAUAGGUUUGCUAGAAGGGAUAAUCUAUUGUUUGACGAGAAGUCGUUGAGUAAAAAUCAUGCGUUGUUGGGCCUGAAAUUGCUGGAUCCCUUGGAAACGGGAGUGCAUAUCAUCGAUCAGUUUCGAAUCUAUGUCAAGGACCUGGGGAGCACAUACGGGAUCGUGGAUUUGAACUCUGAAGAAAGCGAUCCGUUCGUGAUAGAUUUGAAGAAUGGAGAAAGGUUCGGGCUGAUCGGGUUGGAACAGCCGAUUUCCAUGUACCAGGGCCGGGCCGCAAAACUGAAGUUUCAGGUUAAUUUGCAAUAUCACGACGUUGACAAAGGCAUAUUCGAGUGCAUUGUCAAAGACGUGUCGUUUGAUGACAGUCCGAUCCUCUCCAGGCCAUCGACUUGCGAAGACGCCGCUUCCGGCUCCUCUUCGGAGUCGAAUUUUAGUGAAGAUUUCACGAUCAUUAGAGAAGAAGCAUUAGGUGAGUCGGACAUCGAUGAAGUGGAGAACGAGGAGACAGAAUCGUCUUCCAGCUCGUAUUCUUCCGACUCGGGAACGAGUGGUAGAUAUGCGAUAGUUGAUCUGAUCGAGUCGGACAACACACCAGAGAAGUGGGAUAUUCUACAAACGGAGAAGUCGGACGACGAUUCUGAUCAUUUGUGCAGCUGUUCAAGCGGGACAUGCAGAUUGGGAAGUAAAUAUGUCAUUAUCAAUUAUGGAGGCAAGGCAGCGGACGAUGGACCAGAGACAAACAAGGCUGCAGGUAUCGUCAGGGUCUUUGUCAUCAGUGCACUCGCGGGCUUUUUUUUGGGAUUUUUGGGUACGGUGGUUUUACUAGUCGGGUUGGCUUUGAAAGAGAUGGAAUAG